AGAGAGCAGCUUUUGCAGUUUUCUGCCCUGGGUUACACUGUCCUUUAGAAGCCCCUGUAGCAGCCUUUCUAACUCCAGGUGCCUGGUGCAGUCCUCAGUUUCCUGGGCUUCCCCUGGGGGUACAGAGCUUCGGUUUGAAGGCUGUGUUCCUAGCACCUAGUUGUGUGUGCUAAAAGGGUUUGCAGGAUGGCUGCCAGCCAAUGCUCAUGGGCUUGGCCAAGGGCAGAGAAGAGGAGAAAUGAAGAGAUUAAUUCAGCAAAUACUGCUGUUCCACACUAAAUACAGGGCUAAAAAGAGGCCUGGGCUGCCAUGGCCACAUUUCUGUAUCAGCUCUGCUGAGGGCCAGUUGAGGCAUCACGCUGCUGUGGAGGCUCCCUUGGCCAGGACAAAAGGGCAGCCAGCUGGUGGCACUGUGCAGAGCUGCAGAGUGCCAAGAUGCCUUGGCCACAGAUGGGUGACAGGAGUGGUUCCUACAUGAACCAUCCUCCAGGGACUCUGGCCUGCAUGGAUCACAGCUUUCCUGCCUCAGAAAUAGGGGGGUAUAGCCCACACCCCCGUUAUGGGCCAGUUGGUGACAACAGUGCAGUGGGCUCUGUGUUGGCACCUCCCUGUAAUGUGGCAGUGUAAAAUAGCCAUGAAUGAAGAACUGUGCUCCCUUCAUUUGAGUAUUGCAAGGGGUCACUCCUGGGGACAUGGAGGCACUGAGAUGAAAUGAAGGGAUUUGUUUUUGAAGGGGUUGCAAGGGAUGAACAUGGUGCUGGUGAGGGACAUAGAAAGGGAAACAGCCCUGGAGCUGUGGCUGCAUGGGAGGGAUGUGCACCAGUGCAGGGAGAGCAGUGAGCAGAACCCGGGCAGGACCACACAGCCCAGGACCAGGAGCUGAUGUAGCAGGAGGGGAUAGGCAGCAGCACCUGGGUGGGGUUCUGUUCCUUGCCAACCCAGCUGGUGUCCUGGAGCCUCCUUUGUGACCUCGGAGCAGAGCCAGAGUCAGGGUGCAUCAUGCAGUGGUGGCUGCUGCUGCUCGGCCUGCUGCUGGGGGCUGCCCUCCCACGGCCCUUGGAUGAGAGGGCCAGCUACUCGGUCCCUGAGGACUUCUCUGCACUCCUGGAGCUUCCACAGCAGCACUUUGGCUUGGUGGAUGAUUACGGCAUCAAGCCCAAGCAGCCGCGUCUCAGGACCCGCGUGGGACGGAAGCGGCCAAAGUGGCUGCAAAGAGCUGGCAAAAGCAAGAGAGAUGAGCUCGACCUGCAGGAGUACUACGAUGAUGCCCAUAUGUGAACCAGUGUGCCCACCACAGCCUGGCCCCAGGGACCCCUCGCUGCAGGACAGAAUCUGACUCUGCAUUAAAAGUCACCCCAGAGGGAUGUGACGGGAAGCUGGGCCCUGGUCACAAGGAGGAGAUGCUGUCACCCCAGCCUGCAGCAGGAAAGGGCCUGAGCAGGCUCCGG